UGUGAAGCCUGCUACACGAAAAUGAGUGAUAUUCAGAGGGGAACCUGCAAAUGGUUUGACUCGAAGAAGGGCUUUGGGUUCAUUACGGCUGACGAUGGGACGGAUCUCUUCGUCCACCAGACAGAGAUAAAGGCGGACGGCUUUAGAAACCUCUCCGAGGGGGAAGAGGUCGAGUUCCAAGUUCAAGCAGGAGAAGAUGGGCGCAAGAAGGCCGUCCGCGUGACAGGACCUGGAGGCGCUCCCGUGAAGGGCGACACUAGAAGAAUGUCUCCUUCUUAUGGCGGUGGUGGCGGACGUGGGGGACGAGGUUAUGGUGGUGGUUAUGGCGGUGGCGGCUACGGAGGUGGUGGUGGCGGCUACGGUGGCGGCGGCUAUGGAUCCGCUGGGGGCUACAACUCCGGAGGAGGGGGAGGAAAUUAUGGCGGAGGCUACGGCGGCAGUGGCGGGGGUGGCCGUUCAGGUUAUGACAGCGGCAGCCGAGGUGGGGGCGGCUACGGAGGCGGUGGGUAUGGAGGCGGUGGCUACAAUAACUACUCAUAA